AUGCUGUCUCGGAAUACAGGGAGCUCCCUCCCCAUGGCCCACCACUGGGCCCUGUCCCGAGAAGACAAAGGCAAGGCGGGUGAUCUGUACGGCAAUCUUGGCCUCGUCGGCGGCCGGGGCGGGGCGGCGGCCGUCGACGAGGCCCGGCACAUCUCGAGUGUGGCGGCUUUCGCCCGUAACACCCUGGAGCCAGCUCUUGUUGAUGCAUACCCACGCCACUAUGGGCUGGUGUUGCUCGUGGUGCUGCGGAACGAAGCGGCCAUACUGGGCGGCCACCUCGUCAGGAUCCGAGUCGGCGUGAUGGCAUUCGGCAUGCGCUGGGAGAAGGAUUCGGGCACGGUCGAUGGCGGCGCCCAAGUGCUGAGAGAAGGUCCUCCCCUAAGAGGAAGACCCAGCAUGCCGCCGUUCCCCUGGGGUUACCUCGGGCGGAGGGCAAUGAGUCGCGACAGCCCCAAAAAGGAAACUUGCCUUCUCCCUCGACGCCCGGUGCUGCUUGUUGGUAAAGGCGGCGUUCUCCAAGGCGACGCACGAGUCGACGUCGGAGAUGGUCAGGGGCCGCACGCUGGGCGCGAACGGAAGGGCAGGACCUUUUGGAUAGGCGAGGCGGCGCUGGCGCCGGCCAUCCGGCAUCAAGAUCCCUUCAAGUCGACAGGAUUGCUUCAAGAAUGUCUUUGCCGGCCCGAGAAAGGCAAGUUCGAGCGCCUCAAGAACUUUCUGCUGCUGCCGUCCUUUCUCGAGCGCACCAUCUGCUUUGGCGCCCUCGCCUGCCUCGACGCCCUGCACCAGCAACUUCUUGUUGCCCCGGACGUCAUGCUCCAGGCCGGCAAUGGCGGCGAUGAAAGGCAGGCCGGCGAUGCCGGCGAUGAAGGGCAGGUUCAAGACCCGGUCGUGCUCCAGGCCGGCGAUGCCGGCGAUGAAGGGCAGGUUCAAGGCCCGGUCAUGCUCCAGGCCGGCGAUGGCGGCAAUGAAGGGCAGGCUCCGUUGCAGAGGAGCAUCAGCAACAAGCGGCGCGAGGCCUGAAGGCUUACGCAGUCUUCCGGGUUUCCAUGCCUGUACACGUCGCAGCCGACAUCAUUCUAAAGCUGAUUAUGGAAACAGAUUUUACCACGACCGCCGCCAUCCCAAGUUGCUUGGGAGGAAGUCUGGGAUGGCGGUGGUCGUGGUGAAGUCAUAUUGCUUGGGAGGAAGUUUGGGAUGGCGGUGGUUGUGGUAAAGUUUGUCUCCAUAAUCCAGCAUCGCAGGAGAGCCGUGGUGGGUUUGUUGCCUUGAUACCAGCUGUUGCCAUUGCUAUCGCCGCUGGUGCUAUGCUGUUGCUGCUGCUCUUGUUGCUGUUGUUGCUGUUGUUGUGGCUGUUGAGAGUAGGAUUGAA